AUGAGGUGUGCAAGCUUCUGUCUCUGGUGCUGCUGCAUUCUGAUGCUGGUGGCUGGCCAACUAAAGCCCAUUGUGGAAGCUGAAGAGGAUAAUGGAAUACUUAUUGCGAUUAUUGCAGAGGUGGAUCGCUUUGCGCUGCACAGGAACUUUAUCACGUACUCUGGACACCAAGAGCACAGCCUAGGUGCCUUACAGCACUCGUUAAUGGAAACCUUUCAUCGCCCGUUGAUUGUGGCCGGACCCGAGAUAGGACUUCUUCAUAAUAUCAUUACUGAUCGCAAUCUGAUAUUGAUUUUCUUAAAUGAUCCUCCCGAUGCUCUGCUAAGAAGUGUUGAUCAAUCCUUGACAAGCAUCAAGGAUGUGUCUACUAUAUUUGUGUACAAAAUCAAGGAUAAUAUGCUACCAAAAUAUUUUGUGGAAUUUCUCUUCAACUGGUGCUUGGACAAGGACAUACAUAAUGUUUUGCUGUUGCUAAGGUUGAACAAUACUUUUGAAAUCUGGACAUACCUAUAUCAUUCGGAUAUAAAGACAGUUAAAUUAACUUUUGAACACUUAAAAGCAAUGCAACCACAAGAUAAUCGUAAGAAUGCUGACUUAGGGCAGCACCGAUUUUUAGUUGGAUUUUACGUGAAAAUAACGGAAGUAUUUCUGUAUAAAACUCGCGAUGGUCAUGUGACAUUGGGCGGCCGGAUUGGACUAAUGUUGCAGGAGCUAAUGCACUAUAUGAACGGGACAAUGGACUUUUUGACCCUUUCAUACAGUGAAUAUCAGAAAGUAAUGAACGGAGGCUCUAUAGAUGAUCGCUCCAUUAAUAUUUUAGCCAAUCUGGAGCCCUGUUCGUUUGUGGAUCCAUACAUUCCAUUUUUAAUGACCACACGAAUUUGUCUGAUUGUGCCUUAUAGACGCAAAGUUCCUUUGCAGAGCUAUAUUUCUUACUUCGACAAGCGGAAGACAUUAGUCGCAUUCAUGUUAUUUAAUUUCAUCGUCUUCGUUGUGAUCAAGCGCAUUGCCAAUCCCCGCCAGCCGCUGAACGAGGUGCUCUUUGGAAGUUUUCGGCUGCUAAUGUCACAAGCUCUGCCCACACGAAUGUUUCGCGCCCUGACUCUCUCAGAGAGGAUUUUAGAAGUCAGCACGCACACCUACAACUUGGUAACAUUCAGCAUCUUAGUCAGCGUUUUGGCAAUGGCUCUUAUCGCAGGCCUGCAAAUGCCAGACAUCGUCGACGACGAAACAUUUUUGGCCAGUGGUCUCCGUAUCUUGGUGCAUUCAGAGCAGGUGGAUAACCUCUUCAAUGACAUUCCGCUGAGUCUACGAAAUCGCCUAAUUGUGGUGGACAGGCAGACGUGGCUCGAGCAUUUGAACAGCCUGAACGAUUCGUACGCCUAUGUGAUGAUGUCGCACACGUGGCUCGGCUUCAAGCUAAAGCAAAAUCGUUUGCGCCUUCCUAAGCUGAUAUUGGGCCCCGACAAAUUGUGUGGCGUACCGCGUUAUAUGAGGUUCUAUGUACAGCCAGGCGUAUUGCAUUUGAAACCAAUGAAACAGUUCCUAAGCCAAGCAUUCGAGGCGGGCCUAACCGAGAAAUGGACUCAUAUGGGAUUUGCUCAAGCGGAGGAAAUGGGCCUGAUUAGAUUGGCACCCCACGAUCUGCCGAGCUUUUAUCCACUGCCCAUCGACUUCUACCACGGCACCCUUUUGUUAUAUGCUAUUGGUAACCUCACGAGUAUUGUAGUUUUUUUGCUGGAGUGGCUGUACCAUCGCUGGAAUUAUAUUCGCAAUAAACAUAUUACGGUUUAA